GACCGUCGGGCGUCGACGUCCGCACUCCGAAGUUAGCAGUUAGGACUACUUCGUUUUUGUGAAUUGUGAUUGAUUCGAUUGUAAAACCUAGUAAUGUAUUUAAAUAAUAUAAUAACUGCGUAUCUUUAAAAUUGGAAAGUAUAAAACCUCCAAAAAUGACUGGAACAGUGCUUGAAAAUUUAAGUGGUCGUAAACUAGCGGUGCUCAUAUCGUUUCUUUUGUUGUGUCAAUUGGUAUGUUUCCUAAUCGGGGGCUUGGUCGCGCCCAUGCCCGCUAACGCACAAAACAUUCUUGGUACGGUAUGUAAGGAUACAACUAAAGUUAAAAACGACACGACUAAAUGGUUUUACAAUCGUGGUAAAGGCAAAUGUGAGUCAGUUGACCUUGCACAAAGUGACCUCUCUGAAACAGACAUUGUUUUCGCAUUUCAAAUGCCGACACCUCGGGAGAGCGAGACGUUCGACUACUCUAGAUGGCAACAAAACUUGAUUGGUGUCUUGCAGAUGGAUAUAAGGUAUCAUUCUCAAAUGGAAAUUAAACCCCACAGUACUUUAGUAAUUGAUGCGCGCCUCGCAUACCGCAAUAAAGAUGACCCAGAUGAUGGUUGGAAGCUUUACACCCAGUCAGUGGAGAAAAGAGUCUUGGAUUGUGAUAUUGAAAUAAAAUCAGAGGAUUACUUGUACAAUUGCACUGCAAUGCCAUUGUUUGAACUUGGAUCUCUUUACCAUGAUUAUUACUUACUGAAUAUUAGACUUCCAGUAGACAAACCAGAUAUGAACACACACAUAGGACAUGUUCAAGAUAUGUGGGUCACUGUCAUUAAUCAAAAUGGAGGAUUUACUAAGGUUUGGCUUUCUUUAAAGACAAUUUUCUUCCCAGGUAUUGUGGGAAUAUUAAUUUGGUUUUGGCAUAGAAUUCACUUGUUACAAAGAAAGCCAGUAUUGCUAGAAGAAAUGCUACUCACACUUGGCAUAGCACUGUGCAUCUUAGAUCUUCCUAUAGAGUAUUUAACUCUUCUGUUUGACCUGCCAUUUAUGUUAUUACUGAGUGAUAUUCGUCAGGGAUUUUUCUAUGCCAGCCUUUUCUCAUUUUGGGUUGUGUUUGCUGGAGAGCAUAUGUUGAUCCAAGAAGUUAAAACUAAGAAUAGUUUAAAAAAAUAUUGGAAGCAUUUGAGUGCAGUUAUUUUGGGUUGUGUAUCCUUAUUCAUAUUUGACAUGUGUGAGCGUGGAAUUCAAUUGCGCAAUCCUUUCUACUCAAUUUGGGUAACGGAACUAGGAACAAAUCUUGCUCUAUCUUUCAUAAUAUUGGCUGGAAUUUCAACUGGAAUGUAUUUUAUGUUUCUUAGCUUUAUGAUUUGGCAAGUCUUCAUAAACAUAUCCAAAAAGAGACAAUCUUUGCCGGCUAUGUGCUCUGUUCGUCGUCUGCACUAUGAGGGCAUAAUAUAUCGCUUCAAAUUUUUAAUGCUUGCAACAAUGAUUUGUGCAGCUAUGACUGUAAUUGGAUUUAUAUUGGGGCAAGUUGCUGAGGGUCAAUGGAAAUGGAAUGACAAUAUUGAGUUGGAAUACACCUCAGCAUUCUUCACAGGUGUUUAUGGCAUGUGGAACAUAUACAUUUUUGCAUUACUUGUCUUGUAUGCACCAAGUCAUAAACGUUGGCCAGCCAAUGAGACUAACGCAGAUACCCAGAUCUUGAGUGAAGAGAUAGAAUUCAACCGACUCCCAAUAGAGAGAAGUGAGAUAUCAUCUCUUACAUCAUUUAUCAAUAAAGCAACAGUGGAUUAAGCUGUAUAAUCAAUUACUUAUUAGCAUAAAGCGUGUAUGAAUCUCAUUAUAUUAACUUUGUUUAGACUUAAUCAGUAUUACUCAGUGUAUGUCUGUCUAUAUUUAAUAUUGAUAAUCAAUUCCAUUUAUGGUUAUUGCCUAGAUUAGUUAUAAGACUAGUUUUAAGCACACCUUAAAACUCUAAGCAUGUUUAGAAACUAGUAUUAAUUUUGUAACUCAUAAAUUUAUAAGACCUUUGUCAUCCCGCUAAUGUUUAUGUGCUUCCAAAAUUAGUCUGAUCUGCCAUUAAUUUCUGUGAUAUUUAUCUUGAAUGCAUUUAACAAGUAGGUGUUUAAGUUGCCAGCUAUGUACUUAAAUAUUGUAAAUGAUUACAAAAUAAAUGAUUAAAAAUGUAA